CGCGGCGCCCGGCUCACGUGUUCCCCCGCGUCCGGCGAUCAUGGCCGCCCUGCUGAACUGCGCCGGGCGCCUGCGGGCGCUGUGCCCGCGCCUCCUGCCCCGCCGCCCCUCGCCCGCCCCCGCCAGCAGAAACACUAUGUACCAGAUAAGGUUCCUUACAGUUGCACCUCAACAGGAGGGAAGUGUUAAAGAAGAACCAAUUUCAGAAAUUCAAACCAGACGGGCCUGGCAGUUUGACUGGGCAUUAAAUAAAUUGGAUAACUCUGUCAGAAAAACUGGCCGCAUCCCUAAAGCGCUUCUACUAAAAAUCUUCCAUGAAAUAUGCAAAACAGGGGGUCCAGGAAGUAAUCAGACCUUGCUUUUGUUACGAAGUUGUGGUGCUCUUUUACCAGAGGUAUUGUCACCUGAAAGAACAGAACUUGCCCAUAUGAUAUGGGACAAGAUGAAAGAACUGGGUGCUGUGUAUGAUACAAGCCAUUAUAAUGCUUUACUUAAAGUCUACCUUCAGAACGAGCACAAAUUUUCUCCAAUGGAAUUUUUGUCCAGAAUGGAGGAAGCUAAUGUGCAGCCCAAUCGGGUUACAUACCAAAGGUUGAUUGAUGCUUAUUGCAGUGAGGGUGACAUUGAAGGAGCAAGUAAGAUUCUUGGAUUUAUGAAGAGCAAAGAUCUCCCAAUCACCGAGGCAGUAUUCAGUAGCCUUGUGAAAGGUCAUGCAAGAUCAGGAGAUAUGAAGAGUGCAGAAAAUAUCCUUUCAGUGAUGAGGAUGGCUGGUGUUGAACCCGGUCCAGACACCUAUUUAUCCCUGCUGAAUGUGUAUGCUGAAAAGGGUGAUGCUGAUAGCAUCAAAAAGACUCUAGAAGAGGUUGAGAAGACUGAAGGUUACCUUAUGGAUCGGAUUUUGAUGCAGGUGAUUUUUAGCCUUGCUAAGGCUGGAUAUCCUCAGUACAUUGAAGAUAUUAAAGAACACAUAAAAUUUGAAAGAGAAUUAAUUCCAGAUGCAAUGAACCUCUGUUUGAAACUGAUAACUCAUGGCUUCGAAGAUAUAAGUUUCCAUAUUUUGAAGUCUUUUAAUCAUUUAUCACGUGAUAAUAAGGACCAGGGUAGCUUCUUCUUGCAACAUUGUGUAAACAGAGAUACGCCUUUGAACAAGCUGAAGCAAUUCUGUAGUGAGUUAAAAGAAGCAAAAAUGCACUCAGCACCAUUAACAUUUAUUUUGCGUUGUGCUUUGGAGGCCAACAAAUCAGCCUUGGCCAUUGAUGUGAUGAAGUUGAUGAAAGAGGAAGGUUUGCCACUCAGACCUCACUAUUCCUGGCCGCUGCUAGUUGCAUUCCAGAAAGAGAAGAAUCUUGAAGGUAUCUUUGAGGUUCUCAAAGUAAUGCACGAGUUGGGGGUGGAACUUGAUACAGAAACAUACACAGACUAUGUUUUUAAAAAUUUUGCUGAUAGUGAAACUGCCCGUGCCCAGCUGAAGAAAAAUGACUGCCUGUUUGAAACUGUUGGACUGUCUGUAGCAGAAAUAAGAUAUGAAGCAGCACAUGGAAGACUGAACAAUGUUCUUUCUCUCUUGUCUUCAGCAAGCACACGUCCUGUUGAUAUUCGUCAUUUUAGAAGCAGCCUCAUUUGGGGUUUUAAAAGCUCAAAUGAUGUACAUCUUUGGAGCAAGAUAACAGAACUGUUGUACAAGGAUGAACGUUAUUGCCAGACGCCUCCAGGACCAACUGAAGCUGUUGGCUAUUUUCUUUAUCACUUGAUUGACAGCAUGAGUGACUCAGAGGUACAGGCCAAGGAGGAGCGUUUGAGACAAUACUUCCAUCAGCUGAAGAAGAUGAAUAUAGUUAUCCCUCCAACCCACUGCAGCGGCAUUUGCAGACUACUGGACUCCUUUCAAGUUCCUGAAUUAAUUAAGGAUGCAAGGUUACUGUCUCAUAAAAAAUCCCUGUCUACAGACAACAUUGCAGAAAGUGCUAAAUCUGACGUGUCUGCUUUGGAGAAGAAACUAGAAAAGCGAAAAGCUGAAAACCAGCCUAUUACAGAUGUCUUGAAACAACUCAUACAUGCUCUUUGUGAAGAAGAGAAUAUGCAAAAAGCCCUUGAAGUGAAAGCCAAAUACGAACCGGACAUGGUUGUCGGUGGCUAUGCAGCCUUAAUAAAUUUGUGCUGUCGCCAUGAUAAUGUAGAAGAAGCAAUGAACCUGAAAGAAAAAGUCUUCCAUAAGAAUUCACCUGUUGCUCUUGACACUGGAAAGUACGUAGCGCUGGUAGAAGUCUUAGGAAAGCAUGGUAGACUAGAAGAUGCUAUUAACAUUCUAACAGAGAUGAAAGAGAAGGAUAUUCAUAUCACAGAUAGAACAGUUGCAUCUUUUUUCCGCAUUCUUAAUGCUGCUGCCAUGCGAGGUGAAGUUGAAACAGUGAAUCGAUUACAUGAGACGAUUGUGAAUCUGGGGUUGGCAGAAACUGCUGUUCUUCAUUCCCCUCUGAUUACAGUUCACCUUGAAAAGGAUGACAUGCCUGCAGCUCUGGAAGCUUUAAUCCACUGUUAUAAGAAGUAUGGUAAAAUUCUUCAGCUUCAUAAUAUCUACUGUAGACUGAUAGAAAAAGGAGACGCGGAUCUUCUGCAAAAGGUUUCAGAUUUUAUAAGCAGCGAAUAUGGUGACAUGAUGGCUCUUUAUGAUCUCUUCUUUGCCUUCUUGCAAACAGGAAAAUACAAAGAGGCCAGGAGGGUCAUUGAGACUCCUGGCUUGAGGGCACACUCUGGAAGGUUUCAGUGGUUUGCAAAAAAGUGUAUCUCAAAUAAUCAGAUGGAGACUUUGGAAUACUUCGUAGAAUUAACUCAAAAUCUAUUUGAAUGUGAUAGAGAUGAGAUGUACUACUACCUGCUUCAACUAUGUGAUAUCAAUAGUGACUGGAGAAAGGCUGAAGCUGUUUGGACUAAAAUUCAAGAAGAAAAUAUUGUUCCUCGUGAGAACACGCUAGCCUUACUGGCUGAUAUACUUGAGAAAAAUGGUCAGGUUGUUCCAUUUGAGGUACCUAAGGUCAGACAGGAAGAUACCAGAAGUUUGAGUGCUUCUAAUGUGGAAGAGAGAAAAAUAAGGAUACUUUGCAAGGAAAACAAAGCAAAAGAGGCCUACAAUGUUUUCCUGGAAAUGCAAGGGAAGAAUGAGUUUCCUAAUAAAUUUUAUGUCAGCCUUAUAAAAGCAUUGUUAAUGCAGAAUUGUUUCGAAGAAGCCAUUGAAGUAAAACACAUCGCUGAGACCCACAUCAAGGGCUUCACACUGAACAGUGCUGCCAGCAGCCUCCUCAUCAUAUCGCAAGUUAGGCGGGAUUAUUUGAAAGAUGCCAUGGCCGUUUUAAAAGGAAUACUUGACAGAGGCAUGUUGCCUACUAGAUCAGCAGUUAAUGCACUCAUUCAGGCUCUGGCAGAAAAAAGAGAUCUAAGGAACCUGCAAGCACUUGAAAACAUGUUGGACGACAUCACAAAAUCAAUUGGUGUACCUGCCUCACUAAUUGCUAAUGCUAUUGCACUGGCUCAUGCUAAAAACAAUGACCUUGAUGCUGCUGUGGAAUACCUUGAGCCUCUGCUUAUCUCUGGUGCACAGAAUCCUGAUCAAGCUGUCAACAGUAUUUCCUAUUUGUUAAGAAAGGUGUCUGAGGAAGGAUUAGAACCAGCUUUGGAAAAAUUUGGUGUAAUGGCAGAACGACUGGCCGGUCAGUUUGGAAUUUACAGACCUGUCACAGAUCUUUUCCUUCAGUAUGUCAGCGCAGACAGAGUGGAUGAUGCCAGAUCACUGAUACAGAGGUGUGGUGCAUUAGUUGAGAAGAGAACUUUAGUGAGUUUUAUGGCUAGAUCAGCAACUAAACCUGGACAGGCAAAGAAGAUCAAGACGCUUCUAGAACUGAUUCCUGAGCAUCUAGAUAAGGAACCUGCAUACCGUUACCUCAUGAGAUGUUAUGAAUUGGAUGGGGAUGUUGCUUCUGUAAAGGCUGUGUAUGAGAAAACGAAAGUGGAGAAUAUACAGCUGCAUGAACUAGCUCUGAAAUCUUUAGCAGCUUUUCUGAAGAAAGUAGGAGAGCCUGUCCCUUUCACUGAACCCCCUGAGACAUUCAAAUUCUAUGUGGAAGAAUUGAGGAAAAGAAGAGCUGAAGCAUCAUGAACAGACAGUCUUUUAUGCUUUAGUUGUUUAUGAAAUUUGUUUAACUAUUACAUUCAAUAAAAAUUCAAAGAAGUGUGUUGUUCUGUGUAAUUUUUAAUACAAAUCUGUGUUCAAACAGCACUCUCCAUAGCUGUAAUUGAUAGAAACAUUCAUUAAUAGAAAUGCUGUUAAAUUGCUAGUGAAAUAUCAAGAUGCAGCUUUCUAGGCUAUUUCUGCUUUGAUAUAUGAUCUGCUAUAACCUGAACUGUAUUUUGGCUUCUCUUGAUUCACCAAAUAUAUGUAUAUCAAGAAAGUUGCUGGAGGGGUAUGUAACUGUAACUUAAGCAAGCUAUCUUAUCCUUUGUUGUUCUGCGCCUGGUCAAUGUACUUUGGGAUGAAAGCAGAAGGGUAAAGAAUGUCGUCUUCAGGAUUCACCUGUAUCUACACAGAAAAUAAACAAAUCUUUUUUAGAUUUCUCCAACA